UGGCAAUCCAUUGUGCCAGCCAGUUGAAGAGGAAGCAGGGUUUGAGCCCGCUGGCUCUCUUGAAUCAUGUGGCGCGUGUGUGUUGCUUCUGCGCUUGUUGCGCGGGCCGCCGCCGGGCCCCCUGCCAGCUUCAUGCUGAUCAGCGGAGUUACUUCGCCGCAGGAAAUGUGCCUUGUCGGUUCAGGCGCUGCUGCGUAUCUGGACGCUUGCAGCGACUCUGUGGCUGCCAUGGACGGACGUGAAAUUUGGAGCUUGACGCCUGGUGGCGCGCUAACGAAUGCUGGCUCUGGUAAGUGCUUGGGCGCUACAGUUGACCGUGCUGCUGCUGGCGAGGUCUUGACGCUUGCAGCGUGUGAUGGUUUGCAGGACAAGUGGGAGCUGCAAGGCAAUGGUCAAGUGAAGCUUGGUGCUGGCGGUGUGUGCUUGAGCCAAACAGGGCUGGCUCCUCAAGUUGCCGAUGCCGCAGCAGGGGCGUCUGUUGUUGCAAGCUCAACGCUGGACUCUGGGCAUGGGGCUGUGCUUGCUGUAGACGGCGUGGCCUCAAGUUUUUGGGCCUCUAAGCUGGACGAGCCGGGGCCUGUGAUCUUAGCUGUUGACUUGGGAGAGCCAGCGCACGUGUCUGCGCUUGUUGUGGAUUUCGAGUACGCGCCGUCUACCUUCUCAGUGCAGGUCAGCGCUGAUGGAAGUCGCUGGACAGAUGUGUUCUCAACAGACUCCAACGCCCUGCAGCGCGUGAAGGUGCCCUUGCCAGGCACAGCGCUUGCGCGCGGGGUAAAGCUUGUGAUGACCAAGCCGCACCCAGUGCAUGGCUCGUUGGGCGGCCGGCAGCUGUACGGCGUGCGUUCCUUGGAAGUGCGGGGGCCAGCGAUGCAGGCUGUGUUGGAGUCCUGCGCCGUAGCUGCAAAGAGUGGGGACGCUCGAGACAAAUACUUUGCAGUUGCUGUGGAGUCCUACGAUGCUGGCACCGGCGCUGCCUUGCGAUCGGAGCUGCCUGCUUUAGAGUCCGCUGACGCUGCUUUGUCCGCCGCAGUAGUGGAGCUGGCAGAAGCUCUGCCCUUGAUUCCUUCGUGCAAAUCAGGCCGCGCAGCGUCUCUACAGUCCAUGUCCGCCUCUGCGGGCUUGCGCCGCGCGGCCGCUAAGACUGGCAGCAGCUCAGAGUUGGACGCGACGCAGAAGGAAGCCCUUUUCCAGGAAGCAAAGCUCACAGUUGUGGCAGCGCGCAGCGCAAUGCAGGUUUGAGGCAAGCAGAAACACAGU